AAAAACCGGUACACGGAUCGACACAAUGCCCUUGCCUUCCUAUAAAACGCAUCCGCAUCCGAACCUGAAUCCUGAAUCCUAUCACAACACUAACACAGAUUUUGAUUUGAUUCGAUUCGAUUCAGUCGAGGUUUUAAGCAGCAGCAAGAUGUCUGGGCGUGGAAAGGGAGGAAAGGGAUUGGGAAAAGGAGGAGCAAAACGACAUCGUAAGGUUCUCCGCGACAACAUUCAGGGAAUUACGAAGCCAGCGAUUCGUCGUUUGGCUCGCAGGGGUGGCGUGAAGCGUAUCAGCGGUUUGAUCUACGAGGAGACUCGCGGUGUUCUCAAGAUCUUCUUGGAGAAUGUCAUCCGUGACGCCGUUACUUACACGGAGCACGCUAGGAGGAAGACCGUUACGGCUAUGGACGUUGUUUAUGCGCUUAAGAGGCAGGGAAGGACCCUCUACGGAUUUGGUGGUUAGGGUUUUUGCUUGAUUUUCCUCGCCAGGGAAAAGUCUUGCUGUCAAGAAAAACAAACGAGGCAUGGAUUGGGGUAGUUUUUUUUUUUUUUUUUAUGGUGGUGUUUGUAGUGAAUGGGGAAAAUUAGGAGCAAUUUUAUGCUUACUUGUUGGUGUCAAUUAUGUGAUGUAACUACUCCGUUGAAAUGUAGAAUUAUUUUGGCUUUUAAAAAUCGUUUCGUAAAUCAAUUUAUAGUUUCUAUUUAAGUUAA